UGAGUCGUGUUUAAUGUUUGGCCGGCGAGCACGCAGUCAUAGUUGGAGCGCGUAGCUGUCUAGAAUACAGAUGAUAUCAAACUUGUUAAUCGGGUAUUGAACGUUAAUUUGAUACCGGCUAACAUAUAUUUAAAUAUUUGUUUAGCAAGCAAACUUUCGAUUUCAACAUAACGUUUGCAUUCGAACUUUGUGCGCGACGCGCGUUAUAUUUCUUAAUCUUAUCAAUUGUACGAUAAUCGUAAUAAUUCAUUUUAAUAAUAAAUCGAAACACCUGUCUAACACGCAUACAUACAAAUAAUGGCCGCGCAGAGCAAGCUGAUCGAUGGAGCUAUCAAAUGCACCUGCCAGGAGUAUAUCCACCCAUGGACCGCUAGCUGCGUCAAUGGCGCAGCAGGAAUACUUUUAUCCAGCGCACCUAGCUCAAUGCGCACCUACUGCAUUGUCUAUCUACUUGCACUAGUGAUGAAAAUGCGUAUACCCCGUCUAUUGGACAUCAAGCACACGAUUAUUGGCAUUUUGACAUCGUCGGCCUUUCUCACUACCAAUGCGUAUCUCUUCUCGCUGAUGGUGUGCCUAGUACGUCGCCUAGUGGGUGGGUUCUACCUGAGCACUGUGGCGUUUAUACCUACGUUCAUUGCCAGUUUUGCGGCGCUAUGCAUUGAGCGACCAGCACGUCGUACUCCACUGGCACUAUACGUGGCCAACGAGGGCACCGAAGCGCUCUGGAAUAUGUUAGAGGCUCACGGCCUCGUCCGUUCCAUUCCCAAUGGACACGUAUUAAUACUGGGCUGCAGCCUUACAGCCUUACUCUAUAUGUACCGCCAAGGCGUGCACAAGCGAAAAGUGAAAGAUGUCACGUUCAAGGCUCUCUCAAUACUCAUGGGAAAAGGAGAGGAGGGUCCAAUGAAGACAACAGAGGUGUCAUCAAAACAAACCCCGAACCGGCUUCCGAUCAACCUCCGCAGCAUUUCCGCCUAUGUGCAGCUCUAUGAUCGUCUACGCAAUAGAAAGCAUCCCAGUUGUCCACACCGGGAGGGUUGCGGCACCUACGUGCUGCUCGGCGGCCUGAAACCGCUACUGGGCGGAGUUGGACUCCAAGUGGGACUUAAGCUGCUGCUCAACAUAGGUCGGAUAGUCAAGCUGAAGAUGGACUGGAACAAACAAGUCUUCAACAGAAACUCUUUGCAACUUGGUCUAGCCUUGGGCAGCUUCUCUCUAAUAUUCAAGGUAA